AUCCUACAAAGUCAGUAUUGUCCAAAGUGGGAGAAAUGAAAGGAAAGCCAAAAUGACCCAACUUCUAAACCUUAGCCUUCUUCCCAGCAAAACCCCAGCUUUAUCUUCUCUAAUUUCCUCAUCUCGCCAUCAAAAUUUUGCUGCUUUGAGUCUCCAAUUGCGCUGUAAUGGCAGAUUUUCUUGCCUUUUCUCAGAUAAUCGAAAGCAGGAGCAAGCUAGGAAAGCCUUAGAAAGUGCACUUGGUGGAAACAAGGAAAAAUUUGAAAAAUGGGACCAAGAAAUUAAGAAGAGAGAAGAAGUUGGCGGAGGAGGAGGUAAUGCUGGUGGUGGAGGGUGGUUUGGUUGGGGUGGGCGAUUUGGCUGGUCUAAUGAUGAUAACUUUUGGCAAGAAGCACAACAAGCUUGUCUUGCUAUAUUGGGUCUUCUUGUUUUGUACCUUGUAGCUGCCAAAGGAGACCUGCUGCUGGCUGUAAUCAUCAAUCCCCUUCUGUUUGCCUUGCGAAGUACAAAAAACGGCUUCACUUACGUUACAUCAAUGAUAACUGGAAAAUCAUUUACGGGCAAUGAUGCACAGUUUGAAGAAAUGAAACUGGAGGCAGCCCAAAGUAGUGCUAAAGAGAGAAUUAUGAAGAAAUGGGGAUCUGAUUAACAAUUCUAAUAUUCAAUUGGAGAGCAAGUAGAUGUGUAGAGCCAUUUCGGUGCGUAAUCUUGCUUGACAUGAAGUGUCUGUAUUGCAUAUAUGCAUGACAUUUUUGGUUAUAGCCCUUAUAGGAUAUUUUGGACCCUUCAUUUUAUUGAAACAAUUCUAAUACAGGGAUAAUGCCAAAUUGUUUGAGAUAUACUCUAUUCAUUAUGCUCGAGUCGUAAGAACUGAUUUUCCUACUCUAAGAACUGAUUUAAUUUUGGCA